CGUGGAGAUCGAUUUUUUUCAGUUCGUCGUUGAACAAUGAUUGGAAUAUUGAUUCAACUAUUGAUCCUCGGCUGUCCAGCAGUCGUUCGUGGAGAACGGAUAGACUUCUGCAGCAUUACGUCUUGCAACAAUCGGCCUCAUACUCUCUGCCUCUACCCUUCAAAGACACCCGCAGCUUCCUGCGGGCUAAUGAAGGAUAAGGGUCUGACAUCCCAGCAGAAACAGGCCAUUCUUGCACGUCACAAUCACUGGAGAUCGUACGUCGCUAAUGGAAAAGAAGUGAGAGGCGUCAAUGGACCCCAACCUGCUGCGAAAAAUCUUGGGCCUUUGACCUGGAACGAUGAAAUAGCAGAGACCGCGCAGAGAUGGGCUGAUCAGUGCAAAUUUCAACAUGAUCAGUGUCGAAACACUCCUACGAUGUACGUGGGACAAAAUAUCGGCUUCAUGAGCAGCACCGCUGGGUGGAACGACGAAAAUCUACUCAAAAUGGUGGAUAAUUGGUACAACGAGGUGGAAGAUUUCGACGCAAGCAUAAUUCGUAGCUUUCGCGUUCUCUCCUCCCGAGGACGACCAACUGGUCACUACACCCAGAUGGUCUCGGCGACCACUACGAUGCUCGGCUGCGGGGCUACGAAAUUUAAAAGAAAGAACGAUGCCUACCACAUAUCCCUCCUCGUUUGCAAUUACGCCCCGAGUGGAAAUUGGGUGGGUCAGGCAGUCUAUGAAGUAUUGGAAUAAACACUGGAGGACAAUGGAGCUUAUGUCGGUUGUCACCGAAAGCAUCGCAAGAAGUAAUUAAAAAAUCUCCAUAAAACGUCAAGAUAAAAUCCAUGAAUGAGUGCAACUCACAGUAGUGCAGUUAUUUAUGUUAUGUAUUUGUCAUUCUCCAGAAGAUAUUGGAUAAUAUAAUAUUUAUAAGCACAAUAUUGAAUAUUUAUAAUUUUUUUGAUUUUUGUACAGUGUUAAAUAUUCAGGUAAAAUUUCAGUGUUAAUGAACUCCAAUAAAUUAACGUCAACGACCCCAAGUAUUCACAUCAUGUUUGAUAAGCAAUAUUCCAUGUUUAUUAAAAACAAUUAAAGAUGUUUGUUAACAUUGUCGGCA